AUGUCCACUCCUACCAAGCUCAUCGCGGAGCUGGCCAACCUCCCCAAGUUCUUUGAGGAGCAGAAGCAGUGCAACCUCGACUCGGAUGCCAUGUCUGAGUUGAUGCGCGCGCAGGCAACGUGCAUCAGCGCAAAGUUCAGGUCGCUCAUUGAGUGCGACUUACGAUCCGCAACGGAGUUGACUAAGGCCGUCCACGGCGUCGGGUGGGACAAGGAGACAACGGCUAAGUUGGCUACGCUGGUGAACGAGAUGAAGAACAAGCUCGAGGAUGGGAACCCUUACGCAAGGCGGCCGAACCAAAAGUGCUCAUCAUUCAACAUGUACUUGACUGAUAUCGAGUACACGACCCUCGCGGACAGCAUGACGCCUUGGUCUGCUAAGUUCGCAGUUGUGAAAAAGAGGUGCUUCUUCAUCGGGCUCCUCCUGCCGAGUGAGAAGACGAAAGGGCACAUCUUGGAGUGCAUCUAUGUGGCCAACGGGCUGCCGCUGGAGAAGGGGAAAGAUUGGUUCGCCCAUUUGAAUAACAUCAAGGAGGCGCUUGCGCCGCUGGGCAAUGUCAAGUACCCAUUUGAGUUUAUGACAGAGUUUCCGCUUUCGCCCAAGGAUCUCCCGAGUGAAACCUACAAGCAUGCAUACGAGACGGACCCGCCGUCGAUGAAGGAGUACCGCGAGCUGACGUUCGGAACAGUCCGACAGAGCUCGACCGCCUAUAAGCGCGCGCAUACGGGAGCUGAAGAAGCGGAGUCGCAGCUGGCCCUCAAUAAGAAGAGCCCGCCCAUGCUGAACUUGCGCGCUCCAUCCGCAACCGACCCCAAUCAGUUCAUGGCGGAAGCCUGCAGGCAGAUCGGCGCCCAGAUGCUCCUGCAGGGCAUGAUGAAGGGUCUCCCUAGCACGAGUGCAGGCAUGGACCCGUAUAACAUGCUGCAGUGCCUCCGUUCUUCCGCCGACGCGGGCGCGUCGUCGGCCUCGCACCUGCCCGAGCCGAAGGGCAGCCGCUCCGCCGCCGAGCCCGCCGAAGCGGCCGAGCCCAAGGCUGGCGUCCGCGCCGACGACAGCGCUGGAACAUUCCCCAUGGCUCCCCCAGCUGUCGACGAGAAGGCUGGCGCCUGCGCCGACGACAGCGAUGCGAGCGAGGAAUCUGCUGCGGAGCGCUUGCGCGCGAAGGCGACAGGCAAGGGCAAAGCGGCUGGCCGCAUGCCGCGCCCCGCAGCUUCGGCCUCCGCUGCAAAGCGCCCCGCAUCGGCCGCCCCUUCGUCGGGCGACGCCGAUCCGCCACCGAAGAAGAAGGCGAAAGAGGCCAAGAAGGGCGGCGUCACAGAGAGUGAUUUGCCAAAGGGCUUCAUGCUCAAUCUGAAGGAGUUUCUCUCCAAGAGUGUCGCAGCAAAAUACCCGUCCAAGGGCGCAUGCACCUCCAAGCUAUACGCGGAGGGUGGGAAGCAGGCCAGGGAUAAACAAUUGAGCUCGGACGAUGUGAAGCUCGCCCAGAAGAUGGAGAAAAUGCUGCAGAAGCAGCUGACCACCGUCAGGAAGGAGAGGUCGACGGCAGAGAGGCAGCUCGGAACCCAGAAGGUGUACUUCCUCAAGAAGAUGCUCACGCAGCAGUCGACCUUCUUCCUUCAGUCGCUGUCGCGCGUCAGGGCCAACGGCCUGCCGACGGUGGAGUGCCAGAAGGUUGUGAAUAAGUUGGUCGGGUCAAUCAUUCCCAAGCCAGAGACGAGUGAGGUCGGCACCCAGACGGACUUGAGGCUGUCGCAAGGCAUUGAGCCCGCGAGGCUGCCCAAGCCGCUGACGGCGUUGGAUGAGGUGUCGGAAUCGAGCUGUGAUGGGGACAGCGAGCAGCUGGGGUCGAUGUCGGAAUGA